AUGGACUUCAAUCUCUCAGGCAAAAAAGAUAGUGUGGAGGAGACAAUUUUGAUGGAAUACGAUGAAGAGAACAACCAACUCGACGUAGAAUUUUGUCCGGUAGAGCAUCCGGUUGAACCGGAAGAAGAAGAUCACCCGGUUAAGUGUCCCGUACCAGUCUCAUCUUCUCUCAUCCACAACUCAACCGUGAAAUCAAAACCGGGCUGGGUUAAACACAGAGCCAGCUGCGACAUUCCAGUUUAUCCACCGCCACGUCAUGUCCGUAACGUAAGAAAGAGACACAACUCGUUCGUGGAAGAGAAAAACAGUUUCUUCACGAGAUCUAUGAUUCCGACAUCGACUCUUCGGUCUCAUGAUGACGAAACAACGUCUACAAGAUCUAACGUUACAAUACAAUCUACCGAGUUCUUCAACAAGUUCACGAGUUCGAGUCGUGAAAAUUUAAAAUCUCUACGUUGAGAUCGUUGAGAUGUUUUUUUUUGCCUGAGAUUGAUUUUUAAGUUUUUGUUUGGUUUAAAAGGAGUAAUGUAUCUCGCAAUGUAGUACCAAAGUUUCGGUAUACUUGUUAUUUUAUUUAUUUGGUGAUAACCGGUCCGGUCAUAUUCGGUUAGCUAC